CCCUGGGCAUCAGCUGCGACACUUGUUGUGCUCGCCUUAAAUACAUAGUUUAUUGUGAAAUAAUAAUGCUGGACAAGGUAAAAAACGUUAUCGUUGUGCUCUCGGGCAAGGGUGGCGUGGGCAAAUCAACAGUUAGCACGCAAUUGGCGCUAGCAUUGCGAGCAACCGGUCAUAAGGUCGGUCUUUUGGAUAUAGAUCUGUGCGGUCCCAGUGUGCCACAUUUGCUGGGCCUUGAGGGUCGUGAUAUUUACCAGUGCGACGAUGGCUGGGUACCUAUUUACACGGAUGAGAGCAAAACUCUUGCCGUCAUGUCCAUUGGAUUUUUGCUCAAGAAUCGCAAUGAUCCCGUCAUUUGGCGAGGACCCAAAAAGACUAUGAUGAUUAAGCAGUUUCUUACCGAUGUCAAAUGGGAGGAUCUGGACUAUUUAAUCAUUGACACGCCGCCUGGCACCUCGGACGAACACAUCACGGUUAUGGAAUGCAUGCGCGAGGUGCCUUGUAAUGGUGCAAUCAUUGUGACAACGCCGCAGGGCGUGGCCUUGGAUGAUGUGCGCAAAGAAUUAACCUUCUGCAAAAAGACCGGCAUCAAGGUGCUGGGCAUUGUGGAGAAUAUGAGCGGUUUCGUUUGUCCGCACUGCAGCGAUUGCACGAACAUCUUUUCGUCGUUUGGCGGCGCGGAACUGGCGCAGUUGGCUCAGGUGCCACUUUUGGGCACCCUGCCCAUCGAUCCGCGCGUUGGCGUUUUGGCAGGCAGCACCGCAUCGGUGUUGAAUGAGCUCGCAGAUUCCAGCACGGCGCAGGUAUUGCGCAGCAUUGUCCAACAUUUGGAUGGAUUGACAGCAGUGCCAACGUCCGCUUAAAU